CGACUUCGAGAUCCAAUCUCCCAUGUUAUUAGAAGAAAAAUCCCUCAAGAAAACGAAGAAAAAGGUCCAAUUCUCCAACGCCGUCGCCCGCAAUCGGAGAGUAGAGGCGAAGCGGCGACCGAAGAUGUGCCCCCGUCGCCGAGAUCACGCGCGGAAGGGGCUAAACUCAAUGGAGGCGAGGGUAGCGAAGGUCACCUCGGCGACGUCCUUCUCCAAGCCCCCACCGCUGGCGCUCCCGAAGACGGCGCAGUUCUUCCUCCGGCACCUCCCGAACCGCAGCCGUGGUGGCGCCAGUGUCGUCCCCCACGUGGAGUGGGAGAGGAAGACAGAUCUGAGGGACUCCAUCCACGACGCCUACCUCCGUGCCCUCGCGCGGCUCCCUUUCAACGCACCCCAUGGCGUGCCGACGGUGCCAGCCCUCCUGCCCGCCCUCCUAGCCGGCGGCUACUGCUUCGGGCCUCUCUCCGAUGGCGCCUCCAACGUCAUCGUCAACACGGUUUGGCUCUUCGCCGCCUCCUCCCCUGCCCGCUUCGCCGCCGUCGACACCGUUGUCGAUGUCGUCGACAUCAAUGACAUCGAGCACGGGUCCUUCCUCGGCCUCAAUCGCGUGGUUCACGACGUUGGUCGUAACUAUGACUACUACCAUGCUGCAGCUGUUGCCGCAAAGCACCCCAACUGCGAGGCCUUCGCUGCGUUUGCGCAGUCCGGAGUUGCCACGAGCCCUGCCGUCACAGAACUGCUCGCCGGUGGCAGCAGCGCCAAUCUCUCCGCCGAGGAUAUCGAGCGACUGGCUGUCCUACUCGUUCGACCUUCGACUCCUCCGCUCGACUCUUGCCUGGUUCUAGAGUCCAAGUUCACGGCGGAGAGGGAGGAGUACAUGAGAGCCAGGCAAGAAUGGAAACGAAAGUUGGCUAACAUGGCGAUUCAGCAUUGGAACCGCACCAUUGGGGGGCCAGAGCUACAGCUCCAUGUUGUUUGUGACGCCAGUGCUGUCUGUCAUAAUUACCAACAUAUCAACUUCAUGGCCACCUCAAGUGAUAAUCCGGCAGCCAUACAGCUCUUCUUUGCAGAAUAUGAAAAACAAAUGGGGGUCGUGCUUUGCUGCCCUGUACAAGACUCCGUCUCACUAAGCGGUCACUGUGAUCUUUGUGAGGGUCUUGAUGAAAGGCUUAUCCACCCAGCUUUUGGAGCAUACAAUUUCCGCAGUCCCCUUGAUGCUACCUCUGGUAUAAUUGACUUUGAUGUUGCAAAUCUGCUGGAUAUCAAAUAUGCUCGGCACCUUUGGGGAUCGAGGCACAUGGGUCGUGCUUUUUACCCUUCUGAUGAUUUUUAUUCCAGCGCUGAUUGGAAGUGUGAUUUCAUGGUAUUUCGGUAGUUCAGUUGUUAUGGGAAGUUGCUUUUUAUGUACUUGCAAGCAAAAAAAGGAGAGAGGACGUAGAUCUCCGAAAUGUAAUACUAGUACAUUGAUUAUUUUCGUAUUCCCUUGUACCUCCCUAAUUGGGUUGAUUGAUAUAUGUUUUGAGACCA